AUCAAUAAAUACUGAUUAUUAUUUAAUAUUUCCGAAUGGGAACUCAACAUUCUUCACCAAUAAAUUUUGCCUGUGUGUCCUGUUAAUCGAACGAUAAUGAAUUUGCUAGCAUUGAUUGGAAAAAACAACUACAAAGGGAAUGCGAAUCAAUAAAAGAUCGGUGCAAAUGGGCAAAAUAUUUUUUAUCACAAGUUUAUGGUGGAUUAAAAUCCUAACCAAUUGAAGGGUAUAUAAUCUAAUUUUAAUCAGCCAAUCAAUAGUACAAGAGCUAGUUUCUAAAAAAUUCGCGAAAGAGUUAAAGUUAUUCUAGUAAUCCAAAUUUAUCAAUUAAGCAGAGUUCAGAAUCAUCUAUCAAGCAACUUAUUUUAAACACAGAUUUAACUAUACAAUAACUAGAAAUUCAGACCAAUACAAUUCUGAAUAAAUAAGAAGCAUCUGUGUCUUUAUAAAUAAUUGAGAAAAAAAAAAUUAGUGAAAGCUUUGAUAAGGAAGACGAAUUGUUAAUGUCUCAACUAUUAUAUUAUGUGGAUAUGAUUAAAUUGUUGAAGCAACAGAUAAGCAAUCAGGAUCAUUAACUUAAUGUGAUUCUACAUUUUUUUAUAGAUUCAUUUAAAAGAUAGUACAAUAUGGAUCGUUGUUCGAAGCAAUUAGAUCAUGCUGUUACAGACCUAAAAGAAUUUUCAAAAGUGUUUCAAUCUUGCAUUUAAAAUUACUAUUCAAUUGAAAAGUCGUAAAUGUCUGCAGGGCCUGUGACUGAUCUAUUUAAUAGAGAAACUAUGUUGACAGCAAUUUAUUCAAUGCUAUUUUAAAAAGAAAUCACAUAUUAAAUAAUUUAUGAUAUGACUUUGGAAUAUCUGAGAAAAGAUAUUGAUAAGUUAAAGACCAAUAUUGAAAAAUGUUAUAAUCAUGAAAUAGACUUUUAUGAAAUAAAUGUGAAAUAUAGACUUAAUAAAUCUACACACUCAUAUUUACUAAAAAAAUAUUCUAACUGUGAAAUUAAUUAUAGAGAAGGAAUUCCUUAUCAUAAAUGCUUCAAACUUUUAGCUUAAAUCAAAGAGAAAUAGUCUCCUUAAUAAAAACUCAAAGCAUUAAUCUAUUGUUUAGAGAAGAUUAUUAAAUAGAUUAAGCAUUUCUACAAUAUAUAUGGUUGUGAAUAUGAUUUUCAAAUUGAAUCGGCUGAUCUUAUCUCAAUAUAUAUCUUUUUGAUUUAUAAGUUCAUCUGUAUUUCAUCGAACAUUUUAUUAAUACCAAUCAAAUUAAUUAUGGCCCUUAUGGCUAUUACUUAACUUCAAUAAAUGCAGCCAUAAGAAUGA